AUGACAGAACCGAUACCACCAACUGAAGCUGCACUGAGAUUAGAACUCUCUACCUACAACGGAAAUGCAAAGACUUGGUUCAUCCAGCUCGACGCGAUUUUUCAAGCCAGACACAUAACGUCCCAACAAUCGAAAUUCGCAUUCGGGGUAGAGAAGCUUCCCGCGGAGGUAGCUGCUGAGGUAGCGGAUAUUCUUACCAGUCUCCCGCCCGAAAAGCCUUAUGAGGUGCUCAGGCAGACUAUUUUGCAACGAACGGGACGUUCUGAGGAGCGAAAGAUCAAAGAUCUUCUUACUAAUAUUACGCUCGGAAACAGCAAACCAUCCCAACUUUUGCGAAAAAUGAUAACGCUGCUCGGCGACAACACUAUAUCCGAGACAGUGUUGAAACAAAUGUGGCUGGAGAAAUUGCAGCCUGACAUAGUACAGAUGUUAGCCGUCUUGACAGAGGGGGUUGAUGUCCGCAAGCUAGCAUCGAUCGCUGAUAAAGUAAUGGACACAAAACCAACUCGCCAAAUUUCCUCUGUCGUGCCAUCAGAUGACCCGAUUCCUGAUGUUAACCAGCAAACUCCAAUUCUUGACCACAGAGCUAAGGAAGCUUUCCUUAGGUUUCGACAAUAUCCAAAGUAUACCCAGAAGGAGUCGCAGUAA